AUGGCCCUGCCUCCGGAGAAAGAGACGUUAGACCCCGCGGGGGACCAUUUAACCAGCGACACACCCAAGAAAAAGCGCUCGAACACCGAAUCUGCUGAAUAUCCCAGAAGACGGGCAACAAUAGCUUGUCAGAUAUGCCGGCUACGCAAGACCCGAUGCAAUGGGGCUCGUCCCAAGUGUCAACUAUGCUCAGAUUUGAACGCGGAGUGCGUCUAUCGAGAGCCGGGCAUUAAACUUGACGCCGGGGACAAGCUCAUUCUCGACCAUUUGGCCAGAAUUGAGAGUUUGUUGCAUUCAAAGCUAUGUCUUUCUGCUACCUCCCCGGCCACCAGCAAUGAUACAAACAGAGCGGAGUCUGAUACUGGACUACCGGCCCAUGGAAGAUUGUCUGCUGUCGGACUUGGGUCCUGGGUCAACCCACCUAUUAGUAUCAGCAUUUCUACAAUGCCCAAGAUGCAUACUACGCCGGCUUUGCAUCUUCUUCAAUGGCCUCUGAUUCGUGACCUGGUUUCCGGGGGAUAUGACCCACAGCAACUUCUUCAGUUAGAAAUGGCCCGUGAGCCAUUACGGCUGACUCCAAAUUCAGGAUUUGACUUGACAAAUGCAUCCACCUAUGCCCAGGCAUUUUUCAAUUAUGGAAAUGUCUGGUAUGCCUGCGUGAAUCCUUACACCUGGAAUCGAUACUAUCAAUCCGCUCUGGCACAGGGGUUUCAGGAAGGGCCCAUGAGCUGUCUUGUACUUCUGGUUUUGGCAUUAGGAAGCGCCAGCCACAGUGGCAGCAUCUCCCUUGUACCACCAGAUCGAGAGCCGCCAGGCCUUCCUUACUUUGCCGCUGCAUGGAGCUUCUUACCAUCGGUAAUGAUGCGAAACACUGUCAUUGCGACGCAGUGCAUGGUCAUGGCCUCUGCUUACUUAUUCUAUCUGGUGCGGCCCUUGGAAGCGUGGACGUUACUAUCCAACGUGAGUAUGAAAUUGCAGUUGUUGUUCGGCAGUCCAAAUCGAAUCCCUAGCCAAUGGAGAGAACUAAGUGUGAGGGUAUACUGGAACGCCUUGCUGUUUGAAAGUGAUCUUCUCGCGGAAUUAGAUCUUCCCCAUUCUGGCAUUGUCAACUUUGAGGAGCUAGUGGACCUACCGGGGGGAUUUGAGGAAGAAGAGGAUGAGGAGGCGGGGGACGAAGAACGUCGAGCGCCUAUGUCUUUGCCCCAAUGUCAAAUCUGGUAUUUCCUGGCAGAGAUUGCGUUGCGAAGACUCCUCAACCGCGUGAGCCAUAUCAUUUACCAGAAAGAUACCACCCACACCCUCGCAUCGUUGGGUCCGAUUGUCUCUGAGCUUGACUUUCAGCUGUCGCAGUGGUACGACAGUCUUCCCCGGCCCGUUCAGUUCCCUUUGACGCAGGCCCCUCUUUCCAAUCCAGCCCAAACAGUACUGAGGCUUCGCUACAAUGCAUGCCGUACUAUCAUCUAUCGCCCAUAUAUUUUGGCAGUCUUCGAGAACGAACAGGCUGGAGCAGAUCAAGGGGUGAAAGAAUGUUGCCGGCGAUGUCUGGAUGCUACAAUCCGUCAGCUGGAGCAUAUCACUAGUCACCGCGAGGGCCAUCUUCCAUACCUAUGGCAAGGUGCCUUGUCAAUGGUAUCACAGACAUUGUUGAUCAUGGGUGCCACCAUGUCUCCUACUCUCUCUAUUUUGCUUCCAUCUGUGGAACGGGUGGAUGCGAUCAUUGCGGGAGUGGUGAACGAGGUAGAGAGGUAUGCACAUCUAGCACCCAGUCUAAAAUUGUCAGCUGAGAUUAUCCGAGACGCAGAAAGACGACGGCAGAUCUUUUUAUCAGCACAGAUGUGA